GAAUUUUAAAAACCGAUCUCGGAGCGGUAAAAUGUCGGAAGAUGCGCAAUUUAGGGAAUUUCCGAUUGUACGAUUGAACGGUUGGCAACACUAUAACUUUCUAUUUCCAUCAGCUGUUUGAAGACGUAUUUGUUUUAAUACGACAGUAGGAAGGUUGAGUACAUAUCUCGUAGCUUCUUCAUGGACGAUCUCGAGUCCUUACCGUUGAACGUACCCGAAAGCAGUUCCACCGUCAGCACUGCGGAUUCCGACGUCGAGAUUUUAACGUCAGAUAGUGAAUCACCACCAUUACCAGGAAGCCCAAUAUACUCAGUACCACCAGUUUUUCCUAUUAAUAAGGAUCAUGGUUAUAAAAAAGCAGCUGAAACAAUUUUAGAACAUACUCAAAAAGAAGUCUUAAGUAAUAAAAUUUCUGCUCCUUAUGAAGUUCCACAGUUUCCAAUUGAAGUUCAUGAAACAAGAAAUAAAAUUCAUAAACAAAUUUCUAUUAGGACACAUGAAGAUAAAAAAGAAAAGCAAACUCAAGAAGAAAAUUUAUCACUUCCAGUAACACCAGAAGAAACAAGCAAAUGUCUUCAUGAAGAUGAUUUUGUUCAUCAUUUUCAGCGUGUUUCAAUUAGUGGUGAAGAUACUUCUGGGGUCCCUCUAGAAGAUCUACAACAAGCAUCAGAGUUAUUAAUCCAAGCUGUUAGGCUCAGAGAAAGAUAUAUGGCAUUUUCUUCUCAGUCAUUCCCAACUUUAACAUCUCGUUUCUUGCGAUUAGCAGAUGGUCUGCUUUUAGAAGGAUUUGAGAAUAAACAGACUCAUAAAAGUGAAGGAUAUACAGAGAAGUUUCCAAAACGGCAAAAACGUAAAGAUCAUCUGUCUCAUUCAUCACCAAUAACAAAAAAUCCUUGGGAUGUAACACUUCCAAAUGACUUUGGUUAUUAUUUAAAAAUGGAAGAUGGUGUGAUACAAUGCUACAGUUCAUAUGAAAAUAUGGAAAGUGGAAAACGACAAAAUUAUCCAUUCCCUUCUCUUAUGGAAUUUGUUGCAGAUAUGACUUUACUUUGUGCUAUGAUUGCUGAUGGUCCAUUGAAGUCCUUUUGUUACCGUAGAUUAAGUUAUCUAUCUUCUAAAUAUCAGUUGCAUGUAUUGUUGAAUGAACUCCGAGAAAUAACUGCUCAAAAGGCUGUUCCUCACCGUGAUUUCUACAAUAUUAGGAAGGUUGAUACUCAUGUUCAUGCAGCAUCUUGUAUGAAUCAGAAACAUUUGUUAAGAUUUAUAAAGAAAACGUUAAAAAAUCAUGCUAAUGACAUUGUUUGUGAAGAAAAAGGGAAUAAGAUGACACUUAAACAGGUUUUUCAACUAUUGAAUGUUAAUGCAUAUGAUCUCAGUGUUGAUAUGCUUGAUGUUCAUGCUGAUAGAAAUACGUUUCACAGAUUCGAUAAGUUUAAUGCUAAAUAUAAUCCAAUUGGUGAAAGUCGUCUAAGAGAGAUGUUUCUCAAAACAGACAACUAUAUUCAAGGAAGUUUUUUUGCUUAUGUCUUAAAGGAAGUUAUGAGUGAUCUGGAGGAAAGUAAAUACCAAAAUGCAGAAUUGCGUCUUUCUGUCUAUGGUAGAAGAAAGGAUGAAUGGGAUAAUCUUGCCAAAUGGGCAGUAACAUACAAUGUUUAUUCAGAUAAUGUUAGAUGGCUUAUUCAAGUUCCCAGAUUAUAGUAUGUAUUAUAAUUAAGAUAGUUUAAAUAU